UCUUAACCAAUCCUUGCCCAAUAAUGGAUAUCCAUCUGACCGUGGACCAGCCCACUCAGACUCACUAGGAGUUUACGCCAAGUGGGAUUCAGAUCGGAGGAAAUCGUGCUGGAGCCACAUCCACACUCCACAGCAGCCCACGGCGUGAAAAGGGACGGACGGAAUCAAGUGAAAGCCUGGUAGGAUCCACACAAAGGUUUACCGAGAAGCCACCCAUUAGACGCGGCAGACAUUAGGACUCGUCGUGGACAAUUUAUAACCUUUUCUUUCUCUUCCCCCUGGUAGCGAGAGUGUUCUCUCCGAGCCACGUUUAUUCAUAGAGCUAGCGGAAUGUAUUGCUAGCGAGCUAGCUAAGGUUAGCUAGCUAAUUAGCUUGUCAGGCAGACAAGAGUCGGACGUGUGGUCUUCACUAAAUUGGGUCACUUAUUUAGCGGCGUUUGACUUGAUGGAAAAAGCCGCUGUGCUUUAUCCAUUAUCCUGACACAGCCAUUAUGUUCUGCCUUGAGUAGCCUACGCCAAUAAGACACGAAAUAAUUGCCUGAAUUACGAGAGCCACUUUCGUAUCAUCCAUCCGAAUCCUUCAUUGAGGACAACGAGGACAAGAGAAGAAGGGGAAAAACACAGUCCAAUAUUUUUUUUUUCUUGGGCGAAGACUCUCUGCCGUCCAAUGUUAAUGUCGACCGACGUUGCAUCUAUAAUGCUACCCGUUAAUCGGGGGAUAAUGGACCGAGAAAGAGACAUCGAUACAUCAGCGGUGCCGCAUACAAGCGCUGCCGGAGGUCCGGCGACGGUCCGGGGGAUGAAGCGAGGGGACCCGGAACCAGACGCUCUUGCAGCCGCUGCUUUGACUGACCUGACCGGGGCGGAGUGCAAGAGACCAAGGAUAGACGGCACUGGGAAUGUUAUUGGCGACAUCGGACAGAACAAUGAGCCUUUAAAUCCUGGUUUCCAUGGAUACACACCUCACAAUCAGGGGCCUCAGGAUUCAACAGGAGCACAGGAUGGUUUGGUGGCACCCGCCUUUACAGCGUUCCCUCCUCCGCCACCUCCCCAGAAUGGCAUAGCUGGGACAGAAUUUGGCCCCGGGGCCAUGUUUGGUGCAGGGGGUCAAGGAACAGCUGAGGUAGGCGCUGAUGCUCAUGAGGACACCACCAGUACCACCAUCGACGACAAUAAUAAGACCGAUGAGACCUCCCAAGGGGAGACGACUAUACAGUGUGUGACUGGGGGGUCAGCAGCAGGGGGCUCUGGAGGAGACUCACCGGAGGCCAAAGGAACCCCCAAACGUCUCCACGUUUCAAACAUCCCAUUCCGUUUCCGUGACCCGGACCUCAGGCAGAUGUUUGGGCAAUAUGGGAAGAUUCUGGACGUAGAAAUUAUUUUCAAUGAGAGGGGCUCAAAGGGCUUUGGCUUUGUGACAUUUGAGACCAGCGCAGAUGCCGAGAAAGCCCGCGAAAAGCUCCACGGCACAUUGGUGGAAGGUCGUAAGAUUGAGGUGAAUAACGCCACUGCCAGGGUGAUGACUAACAAGAAAAUGGUCAGCCCCUACCCUAAUGGAGAGGCUCUGAGCACGCUACCCUACGCAGGGUGGAAAUUGAGCCCAAUGGUCGGGGCUGUGUACGGACCAGAGCUUUAUGCCGUCCCAGGGUUCCCGUACCCCGCGGCAGCCGCGGCGGCCACGACAGCUGCGGCGGCAGCUGCGUUCCGUGGCGCUCACCUUCGCGGACGGGGGCGGCCUGUCUACAGUGCGGUGCGGGCAGCUGUGCCUCAGGCUGCUAUCCCCGCAUACCCUGGACUAGUGUUUCAGGACUCAGUCCUUAGUCCCAGAUUGCCUCAGGGAGGCUAUCCUGCCGCCGCCGCUGCCGCCGCCGCCGCCGCUGCUUAUCGCUACACUCAGCCCGCGGCUGUAACCGGAGCAACUGCAGCAGCUGCCGCAUACAGUGACAGUUACGGCCGGGUUUACACGACAGAUCCAUACCACGCUUUAACCCCAGCUGCUGCCGCCUACGGGGUGGGAGCCAUGGCCAGUUUAUACAGGGCGGGAUACAGUCGCUUCGCUCCAUACUAAAGCCACAAAUUACACCCAAGGAAUUUCUUGUCCCUCCAGAAGCCUUUUUUUGAAGCUCUUUGUUCUGCAGACGCACCCUUCCAUCUCUCUGCUGGUGGACUAGAGUGACAACCUCCUCUUUUUAUUUUUAUUUUUUCCUCUCCCUACCGUCCUUUUUUUCUAUUGGCAAGAGAGAACGUUGCCACAUCAUCAAUUCUCUUCUCUCUGUCUGACAAGGAUCUAAUGAAAAAGCUCUUGGCACAAUUCAUGACCGCUAACUUUUUAGGAACACUAUUGGAUCUGCUGGAAAGAGACUGAUCCCGCUUGAUCCGCCACACGACACUACAUGUUUUUGUUUUCUUCAAGCUCCUCAGUUAAGCCACUCUCUCAAGUCUCUGUGCACCCACUCCCACAGUGUCCUUUGGUGAUUGAGCUGCCACAAGAACAGCACUGCUAGUAAAAGAGACACUAAAAACACUAGUAUGAAGAAAAGCAACGUCCCUCGGCACUGUGGAACAUGGAAGCUUCUUACUGGCAGUCCAAAAAAAUGCCAAAACCAUUACCAACAUGGCUUGCAGUGCUCAAUUUUUGGUGGAAUCCCUAAAACGUCUCCAUUCACCCAAGGGUACAAUGAUAUGUAAAUCUUUUUUUUUUUUUUUUUGGCUUCUACGUUACCUCAAUAUUUUGUUUCUCAUGAAUUUUGCUGCCAUACUUAUUUAACAUGCCUUUAUUUCUGGGUCGACAUCAUUUCAACAACACUAAGAGGGAGGAAGAAUGCUCUCCCCCCCCCCCCCCCCCAAGGACUCCUUUUAUUUUGUCGUUGUCAGACUUUGUAGCUCCAACGGUAAUGCAGUGAAAGAACCGGCAGAUGGAUGAAGAGAAAAAAGACCCCCCACCCCUUUAAGAGAUUUAAUAGACAAGACCAGGGGAAAGCAAACAUCUGCAUUUUGUCCCUCCUCAUGCUGCUGGUCCCAUGAAAGAAGUCAUUUCAACGUUUUCUGGACAUGACAAUGAUUUUUGGCUUGAUAAUGUUUUUGGUUUUCAGCCUAUGAUUUUUUUUUAUUUUAUAGGAGGCCUGGCCAAGUUUGUUCCAUGUAACCCACCUCCAUAUACUCGCACUAUGUCAUUGUUGAUAUUUGCCUUUUUUUGGUUCCAAAGAUUUUUGUUAUUGUUGAAGAAAGCACAUUUUAGACUUGAUAUAUUUCUCUUUCUUUUGUGGUUGUUUUGCCUGUACUUGACUAUUAUAUAUUUUUUUAAUCUCUGGGUUUAAAAUGUAUGUUUUUUUUGUCUUUUUCAAGGUUGAAACAGUCCAGUGCUGUCCGCAUGCAAGACAUUUUAAAUGUUUGCAGCACUUUUUGGGAACCUGUGAAUAUUUCUUCACAUGAUGAUAAUUGACUUUUUUUUUUCCUCCCCAGCCCUUCAUUCAAACUGUUUUGCUGCAAAUCCAAAACUGACCGAAGUUGGAGUCAUGAGGGACAUUUUGGGAGAUGAUGGGGGUGUUUGGAAUUGCCAAUGCUAGAGGCAAAGGGACAGGACUUGCGUUUUGCAAACAUUGUGCAGAUGGUAAAAAAUUUGAGGUGAGGAUUUCUAAUCCCAUAUCUGACAGGACAUCUUUUUUUUUUUUUUCUUUCCGGAGUUGCUCAUGGAGCAGAAACCUGUGAGGAUGUUUUGUAUGAUUGUGACACUGUGUGCUAUAGUGAGUAUUUUUGGUGCGCUCUUAUUUUUAUUAUUAUUAUUUUGUUUGUCUUAUUACUCCUUACAAGUAUUACCACAAGUGUUGCUAUGCAUGCUUUCCUGAGAGAGAACAGAUGUCAGAACUUUUUGCUUUGUGCAUGAAUUCAAAUCUUAGUGCUGGAGGACGACAAGAUGGAGGUGCGCGAGCGAGAUGUUUAUUUUAUAGCACGGAGGGACGAGGGAACAACUUUACGGUGUUCCAUGAUAGAAGGUGAAGAAGGAAAGUAAGAAAAAGUGGUAUCCGAGCCCAAAGCUGAUUUCAGUCCGCUUUAAUAAUAUGUCUGAUCUCAGUCAAAUGCCUCUGAGGUUGUCACGGUAAUCAGCAGUCAUAUCAGAUAUGUUGAAAGUUUCAUUUUGGGAUUUCCACCACCCUCCGCAUUCCCCCUGUGGGUUUUCUUUUGUAAUGAAUGAUAACAGUGCUGAGGCAGCCCUUCAAAUUUUUGCCUGUCAGUGGGAAAAA